CUGCAUUCUCAGCGACCAAUAAAUACAUCAGACUGCUCCGCAUUACAGAUUACGCCCUCUAUUUCUUACAUUUUCAGAUCUUUUCUGCAACAACGCAGAAAAGCCUUAAAAAGAUCGCUUUCGCAAAUCGCUCUGACAAUAUCACUGGCGUUCAUUCCACUAUUGAAUUGGUCACUGCGCGCAAAUUAUUAUACCAUCUAUUCGUACAAUAGGUGCCAAAACACUACGCACAUUCACGGUUUGCAAAAGGGCCAACGCUCACGCUUAUCGCUACUGCGAAGUACCGGCCCUGCGGAAGGAGAGAUUAACGAUAUCCACGACCUUUUCCCAAAAGUGUCGGCAGCUCACCUUAACCCCGAAAUGGAAAACGCGGUUCAAGAAUUCCUGCUAGCAUUUCUCGGAUUCUUAGCGCGCGAAGGUUCGCCAGACCUCAUUUACAGCGAUAAUUCCUCUACGUUUUACGCUGGCGAACGCCUUGCCAAUGUCAUAUACCCCUGUGGCAUGGUACAGCGUCGCAGAAUUAAGGGCCAAACAUACAAUUACGAGGCGUUUCGUAAAACCUCUGCUGCCUUCCAGAGGAGGGUCCUGACGCAUGGUGCAACUGUUCAAAAGAACAUUUCGGGAAGCGUUGGAAAUUCCCUCUUUACUCUAGAGCAGUUCCGGGCAAUGCGGCAGCGAGCGAAAACGUUCUCAAUUCAUGCCCGAUUACUCCCUAUUGAGAAAGCAAUGUCAUCGUUCAUGCACUUCGGCCAAUCAACUUCGUUUCACUCAAUCUUCAAUUCCCGACCUCAACUGGAACACAAGACGCCUCAUUCAUUUGUGGAUAUUGAAGCUAAGCGAAAUAGUAGGCGAAACUUCAACGUUCGUAGAUUAAUUUUGGUAGGAUUGAUGGCAUUCAGUAGUAGUAUUAGUUGCAUGCGCUUCGCAUGA